GUUCAUGGGCGCUCGUCGCCAUAUAAAGUUCUAGGUUGCAGUCGAAAGAUUGCAAGCGUUGCUACCAGGAAGGGCAAAGCCACUUGUGUUUGGGGGCAACAAACCCCCAAAAUUCAAAAACUUUUAGCUACUUAUUUUUUGACUGAUUUACUCAAAUUUCUUUAUCGAAUAACUUUUUCAUUUAUUUUGGUUGGUAAUCAUGGAGUUGUGAAGAUGUCGUCGUUUGAAGUCUGCGUUUCUUCUUUCUACGAAGGAGCGACCUUUGGGUCUGGUAACUCAUUUAAUUUGGGGGUUUAUGUUGGAGGAAAAUUGCAAUACAAUGGACAAGAAAAACAAUCGCCAAUCGCCAUCAACUGUUCAAAAAUCCAGCAAUGGUAACGAUUCGAAAAGAUUGCAAAAUAAUGGGGAGAAUUCUGCAGUCCGCCAGUUUGGCCGUGGAGGCAGAAGAAGGGAAUACAGUGGAAAAAGCAUGGCAGAAAACAGUCCACGCAGGCCUACACCACAGAAAAAUCGUAACAUGUUUGACAAACGGCCUCGCUCUCGAAGUGGACCGUACUGUCAGGAAUCUGAUCCUUCCAGAGAAGACCUGACAGAGGAGUUUUCUGUGGAGCUGGAUUUAGUUUCUGGAAGAAAAACCAAUUUAAAUCACCUGUUGAACUUUAAUUAUGGUGGACGCAGGGGUCAUGAAAAAACAAAGUGUCGUUCAUCCUGGCAAUCAGACAGUUACCAAGGCUACGGAAGGAGGAAGGGGUCUUCUAAAAAGGUGUUAUACAACAAGGAGCAGUACCUCCAAGCCAAUUACCAGUUUAUUGUGAAGGAUGACGGCGAUUACACUCUCCAUACAGUGGACCCUGAUGUUCUUGUAGACUGGGACGCUAUUGAGCUGAUUCGAGUCUCGGGACAUGAAGUAUCCUCCUGUCCUAUAUGUCUGGAACAGCCCACUGCCGCUAAGAUGACCAGAUGUGGCCAUAUUUACUGCUGGCCAUGCAUUCUGCAUUAUUUAGCCCUGGGUGAACAAACAUGGAGGAAAUGUCCCAUCUGUUAUGAGUCUGUUCAUGAAAAAGAUCUUAAAAGCACACGGACAGAGAAAUUCCCAAUGUACAAAGUAGGACAAACUAUAACAAUGCAGCUGAUGAAAAAAGAGAGGGGAACAAUUUAUGCCAUGCCAAAAAGUUUGUGGGAAAAGAGAGAAAGCACCAUGAUGAGUAUUACUGAUGAUGCCAGGAAGUCAGCUGGCAUGAAAAUCCUGACGGCAGACAAGGAUUACAUAAAGAGUCAGAUCAUUGAUACGGAAAGACGUGAAUUGAAGCAGAAAAAUCAGGAGGCAGAGACCUCAGAAAUUGCCUUCAUAGACUCUGCUCUACAUCACUUAAAGGCAAGGGAAGAGAACUUGAUGAGAAGACAUUCAUCUUCAUCAUUUGUGAGUGAACCAGCAUCUGAGAGUUCUCUGAGUGAUCAAAUCCAUGUCCCCACACAGAAUGCCACCGAGUAUAUCUGUGCUUUCUCCAAUGAAGAAGUACCAAGUGAUGAACUAUCACAAACUGACACACCUACAUGUACCAUGAUAGACCCUGAUGUACCAACUAAUGAACUAUCACAAACUGACACUCCUUCAAAGGAGGACUCUGAUGUGCCAGAGAUCGGGUCAUUAAUGCCAGAAGAUGUCCUGCCCCUGGAGGAGGCAGCGGAGAAUUUGGAAAUCCCCCAUAUAGAAGGAGACUCGCCCAAAAAUAUCAACAAUGCAUUUUACUUCUACCAAGCUGAGGAUGGACAGCGUAUUUUCCUGCAUGCAUUAAAUGCCAGGUGUCUGGUGAAGGAGUACGGGGGGUUAGAACACAGUCCACAGACUAUCACAGCCAAGAUAGUGGAAAUGGAAAGUGUAUUCAUGACAGAGGAGCUGAGGAGGAGACUGCGUUACCUGUCACACCUUCCACUGACCAGCGAGUUCCAGGUGGCUGAACUUGACCUCAGACCACCGACCCUGUCCAGGGACACCCUCAACUGCUUUGCUGAUGAUAUUGAGCAUAGAAAACGUUUAAGACAAAAAAGAGUGAGAUAUGAGAAGCGAUGGAGCAAAAAAAUCCAGGACGAAGAGAAACGUCGACUUGGAAUCAGCCCAGGGAUGAAGAUCGUAAAAUCUGCCCUCUGUUCUCAAAUUGUGUCUGAGAAUCGACCCAUGUCACCCACAGCUAAAAGCGACAGCAGUGAGAGUGUGCCGUCAGUGUCCUCACCCAUAGGGAGCCCCCUAGAAGGUGUUACAUUAGGGUCUUCCUUGGAAGAAGAUGAUGGUCAACAGACAUCCUUGUCAUUUGCACAGAUGUUACGAGGAGGAACAAAGAAAGCCCCAGUGUGGCCAAAAGUCAGUGAACCAAAACGAGACCUCAAACCAUCGGUCCGGGAUAGCGAUGGAAGUGACGAGGAAAGAUCAGCUGCACCAGUCUUUCAGAAUUCCUUUGGAGAGGCCAUACAAACUGCUUUGGAAAAUCUAGAGAGUGGAAAAGCCCAAGGCAACACAGAAGACGGAGGCUUUAGAAUGGAAAAGCUACCAGGAAAAAAGAAAAAGAAACAACAGAAGCUUUUAUUUGCCACAUCCAUGGCUAGAGGAGGAAAAUAACCAACUGUCAAUGUUAUAAAAUAGCCUGAAAGUCAUUUUGUAUGAAAAUAUCAACCAUUCAUUUCUGAUAUGUAAAGAACAUUACUUGUACAUGUAUAUUGUCUUUAAGUUGACAUUAAAUCUUGCUAUAAAAUGACUAGAAAUAAGAUAUUACUUAUGAUUGUAUGCUAAGGUAAACAUCUAAAUGUUAAAAAUUGUGAUUAUCAUUGUUGAUAAAGAAUUAUUUUGUAACUUUCUACAAGUUUGAGUGGAGAGUUCAUCAUUAAUAUCUUUUUAAAGACUCUUUUACACACUUGAGUAGCAUAUUGUUCUCUAUGUGCAUGGGUUGCUGGAUUAUUUGUGAAUUCCUACAAAUGUCUGUGUUCCCAUUUUGUUACAGUAAAUAAAUUUUGGUUAUUGGUA